UUGGGGGCUGGCGGCGGGUGCGCGGAGGAGCGCGGGUCGGGGGCGCUCCGGGGAGGUCGCGCGUGUGUCCGUCGGUCCUUCCGUCCGUCCGUCAAUCCGUCAGUCCGUCCGCUCUUCCGUCCGGGAGUGUGCGGUCCCGCUGCCUCCAGCCCUCAGCCUUCCCUCCCGGGGCAGGCCUGCUGCCCGCUGCCGCCGCGGCACAGGGGAAGCCGGGCAGCGACGCGAGGAACCGCCAAGAUGAAGCUGGUGAGGAAGGACCUGGAGAAGGAUAAUGCGGGGCAGGUGACGCUGAUCCCCGAGGAGCCUGAGGACAUGUGGCACACCUACAACCUGCUGCAGGUGGGUGACAGCCUGCGCGCCUCCACCAUCCGCAAGGUUCAGACCGAAUCGUCCACAGGCAGCGUGGGCAGCAACCGCAUCCGCACCACGCUCACCCUCUGCGUGGAGACCAUCGACUUCGACUCGCAGGCCUGCCAGCUGCGGGUCAAGGGCACGAACAUCCAGGAGAACGAGUAUGUGAAGAUGGGCGCCUAUCACACCAUCGAGCUGGAGCCCAACCGGCAGUUCACGCUUGCCAAGAAGCAGUGGGACAGCGUGGUGCUGGAGCGCAUCGAGCAGGCCUGCGACCCGGCCUGGAACGCCGAUGUGGCGGCCGUGGUCAUGCAGGAGGGCUUGGCUCACGUCUGCCUGGUCACCCCGAGCAUGACGCUUACUCGUGCCAAGGUGGAGGUGAACAUCCCCCGCAAGCGGAAAGGGAACUGCAGUCAGCACGACCGGGCGCUGGAGAGGUUUUACGAGCAGGUGGUGCAAGCCAUCCAGAGGCAUAUCAACUUCGAGGUGGUGAAGUGUGUCCUGGUGGCCAGCCCAGGCUUCGUGCGGGAGCAGUUCUGUGACUACAUGUUCCAGCAGGCAGUCAAGACUGACAACAAACUUCUGCUGGAGAACAGGUCUAAGUUCCUACAGGUCCACUCUUCCUCAGGACAUAAAUACGCACUGAAGGAAGCGCUCUGCGACCCAGCUGUAACUAGCCGUCUUUCUGACACUAAGGCAGCUGGGGAGGUCAAAGCCUUAGAUGACUUCUAUAAAAUGCUGCAGCAUGAGCCUGACCGGGCCUUUUAUGGCCUGAAACAUGUGGAGAAGGCCAACGAAGCCAUGGCCAUUGAUACCCUGCUGAUCAGUGAUGAGCUGUUCCGGCACCAGGAUGUGGCUACCCGUGCCCGAUACGUUAAACUGGUAGAUAGCGUGCGGGAGAACAUGGGCACAGUCCGCAUCUUCUCCAGCCUCCAUGUGUCUGGAGAGCAGCUGGGCCAGCUGACAGGGGUGGCAGCUAUUCUGCGCUUCCCUGUUGCUGAGCUCUCGGACCAGGAAGAUGAAUCUAGCUCUGAAGAGGAUUGAUGACAGUGACUUCAUUCUGUGGUUUCUUUUCCGUGUCGUGUUGAAAUGAUGUUUAAGGUCCUCCCACCCUCCAAUACUGUGUGCAGAUACACCAUAACAUAUAAUUAAAAAGUUUUAAUAGUAAAACAUAGUAUACCCUUAUACAUACAUAUAUAUAGUUUUACUCAGCACACUACUUGAUAUCUGAUCUAUGGUAACAGUUAUUGGUAUGCUGUGCUGAGCUGACGGUUUUUGCAGUUCUGGACCACCAACAGUACAAGAAACUAAUUUGGCCUCCCAGUGCUGCUUAGUCUUCAUGGUAAGGCAGUCUGCUAACUUAGUGAAAUGUGUAGGAAAAAAUAGUAAACUUAACAGGGAAAAAAUCACGUUAGACUAUUUCUGUACAAAUGCUUGAAAAGAGUAUUGUAAAACAAAUGUAAACUUGGAAGACCUGUCAAAACUGUGCUUGAUCUUCAUAGAAACUGCCUGUUCUUCAUAAGGUGCAUCAAAGGAAUUGGGUCAGUAUCAUCUCUUAGGGCUUUGUGUGGUGAUGUAUGUCUAACCACUUAAAUAUUUCUGUGAAGCACUUGAAGCAGUCUUUCAGCAACCAGACCCUGUAAGUGUUUCUUUUCCAGCGUGAUAGUAGAUGCAGGACAAAUGAUGAAUCUCAGUGCACCCAUUUAGUUAUCUUUUUGAAUGCUGUUACCUUGGGAGAUUGUCGUGAAGACUAACAAGGUGUCAUUGACUGUAUUCUGCGAAAUUGGCAUUAUUUAGCACCCAGUUCUGAGAAAGGAUAGGAAAGAACUUAGAAAAUCAGGAUUCUAGUUUCCACAAGGAAUCUUUUGAUAGCAUAUAGUUUAGGUAAAGUCAUAAUCUGGUAUUCUAUCUGCAUAUCUUUUUAAAGAUGUACAUAAACUGUGAUGCAGAAAUAAAGAUGACAAAAUUAUAAAUCAGACUUCAGCUUAACAUAGUGGCAGCUGUAAAAGUGAAAAUUACCAUUUCAAUUAUUUGAUCAGCUCAAAGUACUGAGAGCCAGAAAGUUUUGUUUCUUCACUGGGCCAUAAAUCUUGGGUUAAAGAAGUAAAAACUGCUUUCAGAUUCAGACAUAAGCUAUGGUUAUAUUGUUUCAAACCAAGGUUCGAUGGUGUGGCUUGUGUGUGUAAAUAGGCAUUCUUUUUUUAAACAUAAUGGAAGGUGCAAACAGGGAACACAAAACAAUUCUGUAAUAUUGAAAGUGUUGUAAGAGUGGAACAUUAAAAAUAAAAACCACCAAAGCUCCUAGUCUGGCUAGAAUAGUUUUAGGAAAAUCAUUUUUAAGGGUAGACCCUAUGUUUAUGGGGCCAGUCCUCUGAAUUUAAUACUAUGUAUUGGUAGCUGAAACAUCAGUCUAAACUUCUUGAUAGAGAAGUACUUUUGAAUUAAAGCCAUCUCUCCUUUUCUACAUCAUCCACACAGUCUUAAGAAAUUCCUGAACAGAGCUUACGUUAGAACUGUGACACUUAGAGACAAGCAAGCCCAUUGAGACACUUGUUUACAAUCAGUUUGCACACAUAAAUUAUGUUAUUUAAGUUUUAUGUUUUUGUCUUGAAUGGUGUUGGGUGCUACAAGUCAUAGAGUGCUCAGGUAGGGUUUCUUUAGUAGUUAAGACUGCUUAAAUUAACUUAUUGUUUUUCUAAUUCACCUAGGUUUAUUAUACACUUUUUUAGCUAGAAAGCACUGUGAUUCCUGUUACAAUCUAGUUUAAUGUAAAAAACGUAGGAAGCAGAAGAAAUUGACCAGGAAAUAUUAAUUAUAUGCAGCAAAUUAGGGCGUUAAACAAACUCAUAUCAAAACAAAUCAUUAAUUUCUCUAAGCUUUUAUAACAUAGGAUGGUAUAGUGGUAUAUUCUCUUUCACUAAGUAGUGCCAAUUUGUUGCAGCUGUACACAAAUGACAUAUUCUAAUUUGUAGUACACCAGAAAUUCUUAGUUUAUUUCUCAGCAAACUCUCUGAGAGACAAAUCAAACUGUUCUUUGGUUGUGAGAUGGAUUUAUUUUAUCAGACCAGAUUGGUUCCAGUUAUUUCAUUGUAAACCAGAAGUUAUGAAGAGUUCUUGCAGUGUACUACAUGAUUACAGUGGUGAUCUUGUGUUUUGUGCCUGUAGUUACCACCAAGGAGGAGAAAUGGCCAUUUUGUUGCAAUUUUGUUUUUUGUUUAAUCUGCUAAGAAAAUAUGACAAUAGUGAUUCUUUGAAUUAUUUACACUUAGAAUUAAAAUUCUGCCUUAACUUUG